CAUGGCGCCACAUGGGCAAAAACACGAGCCUAAGGCAGAGGGUCAUGUGCAAGCACAUCGCCAAAAACCUUGACAUUCAGAUGAUUUGCAUAGUCCCAUCGAUAGUAUACUUCUCCGUACUCUCCGUGCAUACAUACUCAUCAUAUUUUCUCCCUACGGAAUACACAUUCAACAACCAUUCUCUGAGACAUCCAGUCUUCGAUUCUCUUCUCCCAUCUUCGAUUUAUUUAUUCUUCUCAAACCCAAUCCCUCCCCCUCGGCCCUCCAAACGAAGGAUCCUCGAAUACAGUUUGGCCCCAUUCCAACACGAUCCCAGUCCUAAACUUAGGUGCGGUUGCCGAGCAUCAACCAUGGAACGCUUGUCAGGAACUCUCCUCCAGUGUACAUCAUUCGCUCUCGACCGACAAGCAAAAGCAACCAACUUUUUGCUAUCGUCCCCACUCAUUCAAAGCCUCCCAGCACGGACACGAUUCCACGGUACACCAGUAAAUAGUUCGGUUAGUCUAGCUUGAUACGGCCAAUGCAAUGAUGCAUCGAUUCCCUCUCCCGGAAGGACCCCAGCACGAGAUCAAACCAUUCCGCCGUGAUAAGUUGACCAAGUCUUUCGGAGGUCGGAAGAGUUUGCUUCACCGCUAUUCCAACUGGUUUUCUACUUUUUCUUCCCAACACGGGCGCCAACAAACACAGCGCAUAUUCCCCGAAGCAAGGAUGAAAGUCGUCCAAGGAACGAUGUCCGUGACGAACCUCUGGGUCUGCAAUCUAUCUGCUCCGGUUUAAUCUAUACGCAACGACGGGUAUCGCGUCUCGGUCAGGGCAUCCGAACACUCCCCACUAACGAUCUGAUACCGACCGUUUGUGACAUAGAGGGGACAAUGUACACAGGAUCCUCCACUUUUUCACGGUUGGAAAAAAUGGGAGGCCUAAAACAGGCUCCUUCCCCUCAUAGUGAGUCUGAAACGCGAAACGGACCAAUUGGAGAGGCAGCACAGUCGUGCCAUCCAGACCGGUCAACAAAGGGGGGAGAGAGCCGAGUUCAGCCUGCAUAUGAUGUCAGUUGCACGGUUCUGUUCUCAAUGAUACUACUCACAUUCCUCCCCCAAAAAAGUACGUCGUCCAGAUUACAGAUCACUUUGUUCUUGAAAUAGCACACAACAGUCAGAGAUCAAGAAUCGCCGCCUUGUGUCACCUUGCUUCACCUUUCAUGUUUACUUUUUCUGUC